AUGAAAGCCACUAAAUGUCCAACUGAUGAACUUUCACUUACAAACAGAGCCAUUUGUAAUCCGGCUGAUUUUUCUGCUGAUGUCAAACACAUAGAAGUUAAUACUGGAAGCGGACAUUUUAUUUUCACAAUUAAAUUAGAUGCAAAUGUACCUUCAGGAUAUGUUGGAUUUAGUAUGCCACAAAGAAAAUGGGCUUCGUUGUCACUCAAUCAAGAUAUUGCUGUCAAACCAUAUUAUUUUGAUCCAAAAUCAGAUUCUGAACUUUUAUCCAACGUAGUUUUAGAAGCAGAUUUCUUACAAAAAAAAAGUGCCACAACUGAACCGUAUGAUACCGAUCUUAUGGCAAAAGAAUUCAUCGCUCAAUUUUGUGGACUUGCUUUUACAGUUGGACAACAAUUAGUUUUUAGUUUCAAAGAUAAAAAAUUGCUUGGACUUGUGGUAAAAGAACUUUUAUCUGUGGAUUUGACAGCUUUAAAUGCCGGAAAAGAAGCAAAAACAAGGAAAACUAAUUUUGGUAAAUUAUUGGGAAAUACUGUUGUACAAUUUGAAAAAGUUGAAUCAUCGUCCCUAAAUUUAACUGGAAAAGCUAGAGGUCAAGCACCACGGCAAUCUAUAAUUAAUCCCGAUUGGGAUUUUCAAAAAAUGGGAAUAGGUGGUUUGGAUACGGAAUUCAAUGCGAUUUUCAGAAGAGCCUUCGCUUCAAGAGUUUAUCCACCGGAAACCAUCGAAAAAUUGGGCUGCAAACACGUGAAAGGUAUUUUACUUUACGGUCCGCCUGGUACGGGUAAAACGCUGUUGGCCAGACAAAUCGGAAAAAUGUUAAAUGCAAGAGAACCGAAAAUCGUCAACGGACCUCAAAUACUGGACAAGUACGUCGGUGAAAGUGAAGCCAACAUACGAAGACUUUUCGCCGAAGCAGAAGAAGAAGAGAAAAGACUCGGUCCAAACAGCGGAUUGCACAUAAUAAUUUUCGAUGAAAUCGACGCCAUAUGUAAAGCAAGAGGAUCUGUUGCUGGAGCGGCUGGAGUUCACGACACUGUCGUCAAUCAGUUACUUACCAAAAUAGACGGAGUUGAUCAGUUAAAUAAUAUUCUAGUGAUUGGAAUGACAAAUCGAAAAGACAUGAUCGACGAGGCUCUUCUUCGACCAGGAAGAUUAGAAGUUCAAAUGGAAAUAGGUUUACCGGACGAAAAGGGUAGACUGCAAAUUUUAAAUAUUCACACGAGCAGAAUGAGAGAACACAAAAAAUUAAACGAAGACGUUGAUUUGAAAGAACUGGCAGCCAUCACUAAAAACUUUAGUGGUGCAGAAUUAGAAGGUUUAGUGAGAGCAGCUCAAAGUACGGCAUUAAAUCGUUUCAUAAAGGCAACAAGUAAAGUAGAGGUGGAUCCGAAUGCAAUAGAAAAUUUAAGCGUAAAUCGUGCUGAUUUCUUGCAUGCUUUAGAAAAUGACAUCAAACCGGCAUUUGGACUUUCUGCCGAAAUUUUAGAUCAACUUUUAUUGCAUGGAAUUAUAAAUUGGGGUAAACCUGUUGAACAUAUUUACGAGGUUGGAAAAAUAUUGAUCGACCAGGCAAAAUCACCAGACAGUGUUGUGUCUGUACUACUGGAAGGACCACCUAAUUCUGGAAAAACAGCUCUUGCUGGUCAAUUGGCUAAAAUGAGUAAUUUUCCAUUUAUAAAAGUAUGCACACCGGAAGAUAUGGUUGGUUUUACGGAAUCUGCAAAAUGUCUUUUGAUAAGAAAGAUAUUUGACGAUGCACAUAGGUCUACCCUUAGUUGCAUAUUGGUCGAUAACAUCGAGCGUUUGUUAGAUUAUGGUGCUGUUGGUCCGAGAUAUUCAAAUCUAACACUUCAAGCGCUUUUAGUUUUAUUAAAAAAAGAACCGCCAAAAGGUCGAAGGCUCAUGGUUUUGUGUACGAGUAGCAGAAGACAAGUUUUAGAAGAUUUGGAACUUUUAUCCGCUUUUACUUCCAUUUUACACGUUCCAAAUAUAUCAGAUCCAAAAGAUUUUUUAAACGUUUUGGAAGAAACAAACGUUUUUACAAAAAAAGACAUACAGAGUAUUGCAAAACAAAUACACGGGCAAAAAAUAUUUGUCGGAAUAAAAAAAUUAUUAGCAUUAGUUGAUAUGGCACGACAAACAAAUCCACAAAUUCGUGUUUCACACUUUUUAUCAACUUUGGAAGAAGAAGGUUGUUUAUCCGAUACGGGGAAUCGUUAG